AUGGAAACCGAGGCAGCAGAUAAUCAGCAAGUUCAUAAAGUUGGUGAAGCAACAACGCCAAUGGACACAGAUGAACCGAUGAAUAGUGGUGGUGGCGAUGCAGCAGCAGCAAAUGAGGCGGCUCAAGGUUCCAUGGAAAAUCCGGCUGAGGGCCAACAUCAGCAUUUGUUACAAUCCCAAAUGAAUGCAGGCGGGGAAGCCUUAAAUCAUCAUCAAGCUGGGGAAGCGGCUUCAAAUCAUUUACCAAUGGAUCAAAUGGAUGCGGGCCAUGAUAAUUUGGCUACAUUGGCAUCAAUCGCAGGAGCCGAGGCCGCACCCUUGGUAUCAACAAAUUCGGCCUUGACAUCCUCACAAACCUCCUCGGCAGAUUCAACAGCCUCCAGUCAGCCACAACCAGGAACCGAGGCCACACAACAAAAACCUGCCUCCGCCACUUCUUCCACCUCCUCACAGCCCACAACACCCUCUACAACUGCCCCCAAUCCCCAACCACCAGCUCCACCCAUAGAUGAGGAAGAUGCCAAAUGGCAUACUGUGGGUAUAUUUCAAAAUCUAUCCACCACCGUUACCAGCUACAUCGAUAACACCGUUUGGACCUCGGCUGGCGUUCAUCUUAAUUCAGAUGAAAUACCCGAUUUGUCACAGUAUGAACGUAUAAAUCUGGAACCCGGAACGGCCUAUCGUUUCCGCAUACGAGCCUUAAACUCGGUGGGGGCCAGUGAUUGGAGUGAAAUUUCCAGCUUCAAAACAUGUCUACCCGGUUUUCCAGGUGCUCCAUCGGCCAUUAAAAUUUCCAAGUCAUCAGAGGGUGCCCAUUUGACGUGGGAACCACCACCAAGUUGUGUUAGUUCCAAUGAAAUUGUCGAAUAUUCGGUAUAUUUGGCCGUUAAGCCGGGUAAGGAAAAGGAGGCAAAGGCCGGUCAAAGGGCCCCCGCCCAGUUGGCUUUUGUACGUGUCUAUGUGGGGGCAGCCAAUCAAUGUACUGUCUCACACAAUUCAUUGUCCGCUGCACAUGUAGACUGCUCCAAUAAGCCAGCAAUUAUAUUUCGUAUUGCGGCACGAAAUGAAAAGGGUUAUGGACCGGCUACACAAGUUAGGUGGCUGCAAGAUCCGGUACAAAAUUCAUCAUCAAAUCCUGGUAUGGGUGCAAAUAGUCUGUUGUCUCCGACACGUGUAAAACCGGAAUUGGGUGGAGCAUCGCCGAGUAAACGUUUUAAGGCAGCUGCAGGACGUUAA